GUGACUCAAGUUGAUCCAUUGAUUGGCAAAGUCCAUGUAGAGAAUUUUUUUUGCAAUUUCGAAAAAUAUAUUCCACAAAUGGAAAUUUACCUCAAGGAGCUACGUGACAUAGCCAACAGUGUUGACACGUGCAAGAGAGGUGUGAACAUUGCCAAUAUCGCUGGGGCAUCUGCAAAUAUUACAGGAGGACUUGUGGCCAUUGGUGGAUUAGUUGCUUCUCCUUUUACUUUUGGUGCAUCUUUGGCUCUCACUGGGGUGGGAAUUGGGCUGGGUGUAGCCGGUGGUGCCACUAACAUUGGAGCUUCUAUUUCUGAUCAUGUUAUUCAAAACGGAAAAAGUAACAGAAUAAAAGAAAUCAUAGAUCUCUAUAAAGAAGCCAGCGAAACCAUGUCAGAGAGCUUGCGUCAGGCACAGGGGAGUAUUGAAGUAUCGAUUAGAAUGAGAGAGGAAACUAUAUCAAGAAGCUCAACGAUUGGUGCAACUCAGGUUCUCAGUAAAAGCUUGAAUGCUGUUCUUGUUGAGUCUUCACGUGUAACAGGAAAUGCUUUAAAAGCAGCUAAAGUUGUGUCAGGAGUUCUGUCAGGAGUCCUUGUGGUAUGGGAUACGUAUUGUUUGAUAAAAGCUGCAAAGGACCUUCGUGAAGGAAGUAAGACUGAAUUUGCUCGGGAAAUAAGGAAAGCAGCUGAUGCUAUGGAGAAGGAAAUAGAGGCAUAUAGAAAGGCUUAUCGUAAAAUAAUGGAUGCUCACUUUUGAACAAAUGCUGGCUGAUGGGUGAAGUUUCAAACUGCCAAUGUUUGUAACAUCUUUCCCCAAAUCAUUCGAAGCAUUUCCUAUUCUUUGAAAAUUACUAUGCUGAUAUUUCUUAAUUCAGUUUUGAGUUCUGAUGAGGAUUAGUCGAGUGGGGAGUUGGAUCGAAAUAAAGUUGGACUCUUUCAAAGCUCUAGCUUGUACAAACCCUUCUGCAGAUUUGUUAUUG